ACGUCAUCUACUUUUUCAUAGAAUUGUACUUUCAUUUUUAUUUAUAUUGAUUUUUUGUAUAACUUUUAUUUUUGCUAAAAAAGAUAAGGGGGGGUUAAAAAUAGCCUACAAGAUAUGUUUUAAUUAUCUUUAAUGAUUUAUUAUUUAUGAAAAAACGACACUGUAAUAAUAAAAUUUACAUCGACAUAACUAUUAAAAAUACAAGGAAUAAUCACAAAACCAAGAUGAACUUAGAACAAGUUAGAAAUCAUAAUAACAUGGCAGCAAUGUUUAUGUGUUCUAAAUGCCAUAGACGCCCACAAUGUCUUCAUAAAUAUGAUGAAAAGCAUUUAAGGCAAUGUGAAAUCUGUAAAUGUGUUGAUAAUGAGACUACAACUAAUAAAAAACAUAAUGCAGAUAAUUCAAAAGAUAAACACACACAGACCAACCAUCCAGAUGCACCGAAUAGUAUGAUAUUAUUAAACGAAGUAUUAAACGUGUUUCAAAAUAAAAAGAAUGCGGAAAGUAACUUGAAAACUUUCAGAGAUUCCUGUAUUAAUACAGAACCUAUCAGAAAAAAAUUGAUACAGAGUAAAACUGUCCAAUAUUCAAUCGAAGAAAACUAUUCUAUCAAUGGCGAUGGGAAAUUUACAGUGAUGAACUAUCAACCAGAUGUAUAUGUCAGUUAUAUAGAUCUCAAGAAACAUAAAUCAUCAUCAAUACCGCAGAUGAAGGUAGAAGAGUUGAAACAUUCACUCAAGGAGAAAACAAUUUCUAAAGACGCUAUUGAAGAAGCUAAUAGAAUGUUUGCCACAAUUAAGAAACAACGAAGUGAUGACAAUAACAGACCACUGAUAAGAUCUGGGCCAAGAAUACUUCCUGUUGUUAAAACUAAUACAACAUCGAAUGAACCAGUGUAUGAAUUGAAAUGCAGUGAUAAUUUACUAAAUAGCGGGGACUCAGUGAGGCAUUGCAAGGAUUGUGCGUACUUGUACUGUCACUACGAAAGAUAUUUAAAGACCGGUAUUUGUGAAAUCUGUCAGCAAAACAGCAGGCAGUCCCCGCACCAACACAUUUGUUGUCGAGAAUGAUGUAUAUAAAAAUAAAUUCAUGCAUUCUUA